UGCAUAAUACCUUGGUCAGUGGGCCUCCCUUAUGAGGAUCUAUAUUUUGAAAUCAGGAUAUGUAGAUUCUGGGUCCCCCUCUGUUGGGUCCAGCAGAUCAUGGAAGUCCAUGGAAAUGGAAAUCCAAUCCUUGCUUGAGAAGCUAUUGGAUAUAAAUGAUGCAAUGAGUCGAUGUGCUGCAUCUGCUGCACCAGCAACUUCUGUAACUCAGAAGCUUGCAAGGCAUAGAGAUAUUCUACUUGAGUUUACCCAGGAAUUUAGAAGAAUCAAGGGAAACAUAAACUCAAUGAAGUCGCAUGCAGAGCUUCUGAGUUCAGUCAGGGAUGAUAUUAGUGAGUAUAAGGUUAGUCUGGUUAAAAGCUCUUCCUUAUCUUGUAUCAUCAACUAUUUCUGUUUUUCUUUAAUUGUUGCUAUUUAUUUUGGUCAUUGUGUUGCGAAACAUGUUGAAUAUCUCUAGGCAGCUUGAAGUUUUAUUAAAUUAUGAUCAUAUAUGAGUUUGGAGAUCAGUAUCAGUUUGUGUGGGGAACCUACCAUUUUACUACUACAGAGCAAAGUUGCAACUUCAACAAUGUAACUUUGUAUUAUAUUUUGACUGAACUUUGUUUGUGCUAUGGAUAGUGUAGAAGUUUGUUUGUUCCCUUGCAGUGCUCUUUCUCCCUGUUGUCAAUGCCGGUAUGUGUCAAUGCCGGUAUGGUGCUUGUUGAGCCUUGACAGAUAAGAUAAUUAAAAAUGGAUAGGAUUGUCUAAGGUAUCAAUCGAAGGAGUGCAGCAACAGCCAUCGGGAUUCUGAGUGGACCUUUUGCAUUGAAGAACUAGAAAGUUAUCGGAGACUAGAAAGAGAGAGAUAUCAAGGGAAUUGGCAACUAUGAGUGAUGUACUUUUAUAUGCCAGCUAUCUUGCACUGGAUGACCCAUCACAUUUAAAAUUAGGAAGCCUUGCAAAGAUAUUAGUGGGACACUGCCAAUAAUAUAUCUUCGAGGCCUCGUUAUUCAAAAUGCAAUGGACAAGGCUCACGUACCAAAAUCACUACGCAUUCCUGUAU